AUGGCCUCCGACUCCCGCCCGCCGUCCCCGCUGAUGGCGCGCCUGUCCCAGCCCAUCGCCCGCGCGCGCUGGAAGCUGGAGAGGUACUUCCAGAGCCGGGCCUCGGGCGGAGGGGAGUGCACGGUCGUGCCCGUGGACCUCAGCGCCGGGGACACCUUCCGCGUGCAGUUCCUGAAAAGGUCAGCUAAGGAUGGAGUGUUGAAGAGAGAACAGCAUCAGAUAUUGGUUGAUGACAAACCAGUGAGCAUUUUCCUGGAAACCAUGAAAAAUCCGAUAGAGGACACAAGACCCAAAGUUUCUUCCUCAACACGGCCACGAGCUCAGAUACCAUCUGAUGAGACACAACCAAAUGAAGGACCUGUUCUUAACUCCAUGGACUCCGUUGUCCAAAAGAUCUUUCUUACUGUGGCAGCUGACCUGAACUGUGAGCUGUUUUCCAAAGAACAGAGGGCACACAUAACCGCCAUCUGCCCUGGUAUCAAGAAGAUGGAAAGGGAGAACGGAAUUGAGAGGGUGUUUGGUAACUUCAAAGAUAUUGAAAAGAUAUAUCACUUUUUGAGUGAGCAGCUCAUGGAAAGUGAGAAGAAACAGUGGGAUUCCCCUCCCACCUCAAGGAGAGGACCGCCCGGCCCUCAGGAUCGAGACAGCUGUCUUUCCUUUUCGAACCCAAAAGCCAGCUCAGAGGCAAACGGCAGCAGCGGUUUUACAAGCAAGCAAGUGCCUUUAACCACUGAGCCAUCUUCCCAGUCCCAAGACAGCAGUUUUGAAGUUCCCUUGCCUUUCCUCGAAUAUUUCAAAUAUGUAUGUCCUGGUAAAAUAGAGUCGAUUGCGAAAAAGUUUGGCGUCAGCAUCCAAGUCCAAGACCGCUCCUUCAAUAUGGUCACGAUAGACUUCGCCUCUGGCCCAGGCGGCGACUUAGAAGCCGCCCGCGAGUCUUUUGUCAGUGACUUUCAGAGAAACAUACAAGGCCUGAGGCUAGAAAGCGUCACUUUAGCCGACAGGGAGCAGGCGAGGGGGCUCAGACAGGAGUUGAGUCACUUGUUCACAAAACUCCUGAUCAAGGAGCAGGGGCAAACGCUGACCCUCCUCGGGACCGAAGAUGACAUUUCAGCCGCCAAAGAAAAACUCUCUGAAACCGUCAUGGGGACACCUGUGAAAAUAGUGACUGCUGGCUUCAAGAAGGCAAUGGAGGUGGACACUGCUUGCUAUAAGCUUCUAGAAACCGAGUUACUCUUGGAGAUAGCAGAGAUAGAACGAAAGUAUAAUACUUGCAGUAAAGUCCAAGAGAAAGGCCAGAAAACGUGCAUCCUAUUUGAGCCCAAAGAGAAGGAGGUGGAUUUGUCCGUGCACUCUUACACAAGUUUCAUAGAUGCCUUUCAGCAAGCUGCGCAUCAGCUGAUGACAGAGGUCCUGUCGCUGAGAUCUCUGGGCAAGGAGGGAAAGCAGUUAUUUGGGAACAAGUUUGCUGAUGACUUUAAGGAGAAAUACCCAAAUGUGCACUUGGUGCUGAGACGGAGGUCGGUGACGUUGACUGGUUUGCCAAACCACCUCGCAGCCGCGAAGGGUUACCUCUUACAAAGGAUGGGAGAGUCGCCAUCGUCAGGAGAGAGGUCCAGUGUGGAUCAUGAAAUGCCCAUGGAUAUUGAUGGGAAUGAUUCAAAAGCAACUUUACCUCCACACGGCGGCUCUGCCAGCUCUGAGGCCUCCACAGUCAAUGAGAAGGAGAAGGAGAAGGACAUCUGUGUCAUCUGCAUGGACACCAUUAGUGACAAACAUGUGCUCCCCAAAUGCAAGCAUGAAUUCUGUGCCCCUUGCAUCCGCAAAUCCAUGUCCUACAAACCAUCCUGUCCUGUGUGCAUGACUCUCUACGAUGUCCAUAGAGGGAACCAGCCAGAUGGAACCAUGUCUUACACUAUUUCGAGUGAUUCCCUCCCGGGUUAUGAAUCCUGUGGCACGAUCACCAUUUACUACAAGAUGAAAGGCGGCAUUCAGACAGAUCAGCACCCAAACCCCGGGAAGCGUUAUCAGGGAACAGACAGAACUGCAUUUUUGCCCAAUAAUGAAGAAGGAAGGAAGGUUUUGGAUCUGCUUCAGAAAGCUUUUCGUCAAAAGCUGAUCUUCACGGUGGGGUACUCCCAAACAUCAGGAGUCUCAGAUGUCAUCACAUGGAACGAUAUCCACCACAAAACAUCCCGGUUUGGAGGAUCAGAAAAUUUCGGCUAUCCUGACCACGGCUACCUGGGACGUGUCAAGUUGGAGCUGAAAGCUAAAGGAAUUGAGUAAAGAAACUGCUGGAAGAAGGUCUUAACCUGAGCUUUGGAAUGCUGUGUUCUGGGGAGACUGAGUUAAUGUUGACCUAAAUCCUGCUGUACAAAAAACUUUAUAAAACUUCUCAUGUCAUUGGGCAUAGUGGCACACGGGAGGUCAAGGUAGGAAGAUUGUUGCGUGUUCGAGGCCAGCCUGAGACUACAUAGUGAACCCCAUGUCAGACACAAAUUUGAUAGUCUAUUAGUGCUUUUUUUGGGGGGGUAACCAAGUUAGGAACUGACUUUAGCCAGGCUAGACUUUAGUUUGAGAUCUUCCCGCCUAAGUAGUUGGGAUUACAAGUGCACACCAUAAUGGGCUUUUUCCUCUCUUUCUUCCUUCUUCCUUCCCUUUCUUCUUUCCUUCCUCCCUUUCAUUUUAUUUUCAUUUUAUUUCUGAAACAGGGCUUUGCUAUGUAGCCCAGGCUGACAUGGAACGUGGAUUCCUUCUGUUUUAGCCUCCCAAGUGCUAGGAUCACAGGCAUGUCCCAACCUAUCCUGGCUU